GGGUGAUAGCACUGAACGCAAAAUUACAUAUCGCAAGACGUUUAUCAUCUAGGAUUGCCGCGUGGAGAUUAUGCAUACUCCAAUUGGAACCAGCGUCUUGGCAAAGGAAAAAAAAUCGCUUGGUUUUAGUGGCAAUCAAGGCACAUGGCGGUCAAGAAUAAAUUGAUAAAGCGGCAAAGGCUAUACACCUUCAAUCAUCGUCUUCUCCUACAGAGGCAAUGCAUUAGUGACUGGUAUCAUGAGAAGGCGCUACGUGGUGCGUUGGUAGCAUCUAGGCCGGGGCGCCACAGCGAUUCUCGAGUGCCGGUAUCGUUCCAUUUCGUUGCCCCAUGGCGAAAAGCUAGUACCGUUGGGUAUGGGGGCUCCCCACGGUUAGCAAUCUAUAUCUUUUGUGGAAGCUCUCGAAAGGCAUAUCUUGCAUAUCUACUAGACUUAUCUGGAAAGAUAUCCGCAUAUCUCUGCACCGAAAGCUGUCGAACCUUCAUGAUAAGAAGGCUUGUGUCCUUGCGAAGACUUCUAAUCAGUAAGAAUCAUGUACUGUAUCAUACAGAGGCAGAUGGAAGAGUACUUUUAUCUUCAGCGAUAGGAUCUGACGUUACAACCAUGCUCGCGUGCCCUCGCUUUUCUAGUCUGCGCUCGGGGUUACAAUUAAUAUUGACACCCCUGUCUAUAGUUCGACCUCUGGUCCAAUCACGUGAGUGACCCACGGAUGGCGAUAACACUGAGGGUCCCCCAGGGAUUAGGGCUCGACGAUCCCUGACAUUCGAGAAGCUGAGACCCAAUAAACGGCGGCAUUUCGGCGAUCACGAGAUAAGGUCGAAAGGAAC